GGAUAAGAGAAACUUACGAAAUUUCGAUAUUGAAAUAUUAUUCAGACAAAUUAUUUUAAUUCUCUACGACUGCAUUAUAAGACGGUUGAUUCGUGGCGCUCAUAACUACAAUCUAUUGGUAUAAUUUGCAGCUUUCCUCGCACAGAGAAAGUAAUCUACGCAGAGUAUAAUCAGCCUAUUCAACUCAAAGCUCCAGACCAGAAACCAAAUACCCUCACAUCCUCACCAUGGCAGAACAGCAGCAGCGACUCCAAGCUCUCACCGAGGAAUAUCAAAACCUUCAAACAGAUCUCCAAAGCUCCAUUUCUUCCCGCCAAAAGCUCGAAUCCCAACAACAAGAAAACAAGAGCGUCCAAAAGGAAUUCUCCGCCCUCUCCUCCGACUCCAACAUCUACAAGCUCGUCGGCCCUGUCCUCCUAAAGCAAGAUAAAACCGAAGCUGUCAUGGCCGUUGACGGAAGAUUAGAAUUUAUCGAGAAGGAAAUAAAACGAGUCGAACAAGCUAUCAAAGACGUACAAGACAAAAGUGACGGCUUGAAGAUGGAGAUAAUAAAACUCCAAUCCGAGACCCAAGGGGCUCAACCCCAAGUCGCAGCCUAAAUCCACACCAGCUAGAAAACAUACAUCAAAAGUACUUCAAAGAAAUCAAGCAAAAGUAAGGCAGGCGGGCGUUAAUAUCAUCAGGAAUGUAUAAAACAUAUACACAAAAGUAUGUAUGUACCGGAGCAUUUGCAUGGCCAAGGGCGUUAGAUAUCCAUUUACUACAUUUCCUACGUACUAGAUAUGCGUAUGACGUAUUCAUAGUAGAGCGAGCAAGAAGUGACUUUGACCAUACAAAAUCUCGUUUUCUUCCCGCGUAUUC